UAUACUUUAGCAUAUAUAUCUACAUGCGCAAGAGAAGCUCCCUUCGAAGAGAGAGAGAAAUAAAUACGUGAUUGGCGUCUUAAAUUUCCUGUUAGAGAAAAGAAAUUUAAAAUAGAAUAACUUUGUUACGUUUGACCGUUCGACAUAUGCAAAUGACUUCAAUUGCAUAUUUACGCAUAGCAUAUAGUAAAUAUGGCGGCUAGUAAGUUUACAUCUCAAACUAGAAAUUUCCCUAGCAUAAUAAUGAAGUAGCUUAAUUUGCAAGAUAAACAUGGUGAAUGUCCUAAAUGAUUCCGAUAGCGAGGAUGAAUUACCUCCUGGAUGGGAGGAAAGGGCUACUGUAGAUGGGAAUGUUUAUUACGUAAAUCACUAUACAAAAGGUACACAAUGGACCCAUCCUAGAACUGGGCGUAAGAAAAUUGUUGAAGGAGAAUUACCAUCUGGUUGGGAGAAAUGUAUAUCUGAUGAUGGUAAAGUUCUCUUUGUCGAUCACAUGAAUCGUACUACUACUUACACUGAUCCCAGGCUGGCUUUUGCCACAGAAUAUAGAGAAAUUUCACAACCAGUACGGCAAAGGUUUGAUGGAAGUAGUACAGCCCUUUCAGUUUUACAUGGUAGAGAUUUACGUGGUAAAUUAGCACUUGUCACUGGUGCUAAUACUGGAAUAGGUUUCGAAACAGCUAGGUCAUUAGCUUUACAUGGUUGUUAUGUUAUACUUGCUUGUAGAAAUUUAAAAACAGGUGAAGAGGCAGUGAAAAAAAUAAGACAAGAAAAAGAAAAUGUAAAUUGUGAAGUAUUAGAAUUAGAUUUAACAUUGUUACAAAGUGUACGUAAUGCUGCAGAAAAGUUUAAACAAAAAUAUAGGACUCUUCAUAUUUUAAUAUUGAAUGCUGGUGUUUUUGCGAUUCCAUAUGAACUUACAAAAGAUGGUUAUGAAACAACAUUCCAAGUAAAUCAUCUUUCACAUUUUUAUUUUACACUUUUAUUGGAGCAUCCAAUACGCAGUUGUCAUAAUGCAAGAAUAAUAUUUGUUUCCAGUGAAUCGCAUAGAUUUUCUUCUAUACAACAUGUAGAAGAUAUUCAUCUUUUAACUUUAUCACCACCUAGAUAUCAUUAUUGGCCAAUGGGUGCAUACAAUGAUUCAAAACUUUGUAAUAUAUUAUUUGCACAAGAAUUAUCUAAACGAUGGCCUGCAGUAAGUGUAUUUAGUUGUCAUCCUGGCAAUAUGGUUUCUUCAUCUUUACCUCGUUAUUCGUGGAUUUUCCGAAUAUUAUAUGCCAUAGUGAGACCCUUCACCAAAUCAUUGCAACAAGCAGCAAGCACAACAAUUUUUUGUGCAACUGCACCAGAAUUAGAAGGAGCAACAGGACUUUAUUUUAAUAAUUGUUAUCGUUGUGAUCCCUCAAAUUUUGCAGUAGAUUCUGCAUUAGCAAGUAGAUUAUGGUCUGUUUCUCAAGAUAUGAUCAUAAAUGUUAUGAAAAAAGAUAAACUUUGGCAAGAAUUAGCUUUAAAAUAAUUUGAUAAAGUAUUCCAUAAUAUCAUAUAUUUUUAUUUUAUUCAUAUCAUAUAUUUUAAAUAAUUUAAUAUAAGAUUACACAUUUUUUAUAUUUAUUAAAAACAUAUACAAUAUUUUAACUAGCAUAAAAUUCUUUCAAAUAUUCUGCCUUUGGUUUGAGAAUUGUUUUAUCUACAAGACUUAUAACCCAACCUGGUUCAAGGCCAUAAAAUAACUGUCGUGGGUCUUUACGCUCUGUUAGCAUUUCAUAGUCAGGAUCAUCUUCAAUUUUUGGAAGUAUAUAACCAUAUUUUUGUGAUAAUAUUAAACGUUCUUGAGAAAUUUUUUCAGGAUCUGCCAAAUAUCCUCUUGAUGCAGCACUUGAAUAAUAUUCUAAGCAAUCUGCAGGUGGUAAUAAUCUACGGGGUAUUGGAUCACCUAAAUCACAAAUAUUUCAUUAAUAAACAUAUUAAAAUAAUAUAAGUACAAAAAAAUGUGUUUGAUUUUUAUAUAUUAACUAUAUCGCCAAGAUAUAAUUAAAUAAACAAGAAUAACUAUACCUCUACGAAGAAAUUGUUCGGUAUCAUUUAAAGCAAACAAGCAAUUUGUAUCAUAAUAGGCUGUAGUAAUAACACCACCAUUUCUUUCAAUUGCAGCGAUCACUGGUUCACUUGCCCAUUGUACUUCUAUGUUAACUUUUGCUUUGAAUAAAUCUGCGCCCUUAAAAGAUGCUUUUUAAUAUCAAA